UGAAAAUAUUGCAGGAAAAUAUAAGCAGUCGCCCCCAAAAAGGAAAGAAAACAUAGAGAAACUACUGGAAGAGAAGCAAGGAAGAAAGAAAAGAAAGAAAGAAGCUUAGCGAUGGCGGAGAAGCUGGCGCCGGACAAGCGCCACAGCUACGUCCACAACGGGCAAAAGGUGUUCGAAUGGGAUCAGACCCUGGAGGAGGUGAACGUCUACAUCGAUCUCCCCCCAAACGUCUCCACCAAGCUCUUCUACUGCAAGAUCCAGUCCAAGCACAUCGAAGUCGGCAUCAGGGGCAACCCUCCUUAUCUCAACCAUGAGCUUGUGCACCCCGUCAAGACGGAUUCCUCAUUCUGGACUCUUGAGGAUGGAGUAAUGCAUAUCACGCUGCAGAAAAGAGACAAGGGGCACACUUGGCCAUCUCCAAUACUUGGCCAGGGUGUCUUAGAUCCUUACUCUGCAGAUCUUGAACAAAAGCGUCUUAUGCUGCAAAGGUUCCAAGAAGAGAAUCCAGGAUUUGACUUUUCCCAGGCACAGUUCAGCGGAAACUGCCCCGACCCCAGGACCUUCAUGGGAGGGAUUCGCUUCGACUAAAAAUUACGUUAUAGCUGGUCGGAAUCACUAUAUUGCUCAUAAUAUAAGCCCUAAAUUGUAAAAAUAUUGUUAUUUUAGCAUCAAUGUUUGAGUACAUAAAAGUUAUUUGUGACUAUUAGUCCUCGAACAUUUAGUCGAGUUUCACUUGUAGCCUCUACUUUUUAGCUGGAAGUUUGGAAUUCGAAAUUUUUUGGGCCUACUUAAUCUUAAUUUUGGGGCCUACUUCAUCUUAA